AGAACAGUAAGACGCUGGCCGAAAGUCGCGAAGGGCCAGUGCUCGUCUCACAGAGGUGUCGGGUUGGAGAGCACACAAUUCUCGACUUUUUAAUUCAAUAUUUGUGGUUUUAAUUCGCUCCGCGGCGCUUUUGAAAAGCUCGUGUCGCUUCGAAGCCGUUUAACCUUGAAGUGGUUUUAUGUAAGUUGUCUUUUUAACUCUCUGAGCCCUGAAUUGCUGGGUUGAUCCUCGAAAUGGAUAUUAGCUAGCUUCGCUAACGUUAGUAACCAAGAAACCGAAAUAACCAAUUCAGAGGGUCAGUGUCAGAGUUUUAUCGCUUUAAACGUAGUUUAUGUGCCUGGAGUCGAGCUCUCUAAGGCAAAUCUUCGCCUUGGGUGUUGCCAAAGAAAGAUUGAAGUUCGGGAGAAGUAACAGUUAGCUAGUUGUUGAAGUUAAGGAAGAAAAGAGGUGGGAGAUGUUGACUAACGCCAACAGUCCGCCUAAGUUUCCAAACCAGCAGCAGCAGCAGCAGCAGCAACAACAGAAUCCAGCCCAAUUCAUGAUGGGAAAAACCUCACUUCAGAUCAAGAAAAAUGCCAUAACUGACGACUACAAGGUCACUAGCCAGGUCCUAGGGCUGGGUAUCAAUGGCAAGGUUCUGGAGAUCUUUCACAAGAGGAGUUCGGAGAAGUAUGCUUUAAAGAUGCUUCAUGACUGUCCCAAAGCUAGACGAGAGGUGGAGCUGCACUGGCGGGCAUCCUCAUGUACCCAUAUUGUCAGGAUUAUUGACGUCUAUGAAAAUCUCUACCAAAACAGAAAGUGCCUUCUUAUUGUAAUGGAGUGCAUGGAUGGUGGUGAGCUGUUCAGUCGGAUUCAGGACCGAGGGGACCAGGCAUUUACUGAAAGAGAGGCUUCUGAUAUCAUGAAGAGUAUAGGAGAGGCAAUUCAGUAUUUACAUGCAAUAAACAUUGCACACCGAGACGUCAAGCCAGAGAACCUCUUAUAUACCUCUAAAAGACCCAACGCCCUUCUUAAACUGACAGACUUUGGCUUUGCAAAAGAGACAACCUCACACAAUUCUCUGGCCACCCCUUGCUAUACUCCUUAUUAUGUUGCCCCAGAGGUUCUUGGUCCAGAAAAGUAUGACAAGUCCUGUGACAUGUGGUCUUUGGGUGUCAUCAUGUAUAUUCUGCUCUGUGGUUAUCCACCUUUCUAUUCCAACCAUGGAUUGGCUAUAUCCCCUGGUAUGAAAAAACGAAUCCGCAUGGGGCAAUAUGAGUUUCCAAAUCCUGAAUGGUCAGACGUUUCAGAGGAAGCCAAGCAGCUCAUCAGAACAUUACUGAAAACUGAGCCGACACAAAGGAUGACCAUCACAGAGUUUAUGAACCACCCCUGGAUCAAUCAAUCAAUGGAGGUGCCACAGACGCCCCUACACACCAGCCGUGUUUUGAAAGAAGAGAAAGACACAUGGGAGGAAGUCAAGGAAGAAAUGACUAGUGCCUUGGCAACAAUGAGAGUCGACUAUGAGCAGGUCAAAAUCAAGAGGAUUGAAGACUCUUCCAAUCCACUGCUGAUGAAGAGGAGAAAGAAAACCAACAAUACAGCUGCUGAAAACUAGACGCCCGCUUCCUAAGGACACAUUCACUCUGUUGCACAUGCGCACACAUUUUACACCCAUACAUCAGUUGAAAAGUUUGAAUUAAGGAAGCAAUAACUCCACAAAAAAGUGAAAGCAAGUUUUUUUUUUUUUUUUUUUAAU